AUGCCAACACUUCAUCAGGCAAUAAUUCGUCGUAAUCAACAACAAGUACGUCUUCUAACAAAUGUGGGAUGCAACGUCAAUAAACUCGAUUCGCGCAUGUGCACGCCGCUACGCCUUGUCUGCGAUCUUGACAAUGAAUUCUUAAGGGUGUCUUUGGGGCGUAUUUUGCUACGACAUGGGGCCGGAGUGGAGCAUAAAGACGAAUUCGGUAUCUCAGUUUUUAGUUACUGUUGUAUGAAGCAGUGUAUUAAGUUAGUUUCAGUCAUGAUAGAGAAGAGAGAGAUUCCGUGGCUUGAUAAAGACUGCAACGGAAACACAGCUUUGCAUCAUGCGUCUGCUUCAGGAAAUCUUGGGAUAACACGAAUGAUUCUUGAACAGAUGAGGAAAUACGGUUUGGAUAUUGAUCAGAGAAACGACUUGGGUGAAACUCCACUGAUAUUAGCAGAAAGAAUGGGGCAUAUCCGAUGUGCACAGUUGCUCCGAGAAUGUGGUAAAGCGAGCACUGCUGCACGUGAUAAUCACGUUUUAAAAAAUGCUGACGAAUGGAGAAGAACGAGGACAACACGUGCAUCUCAGAAGCUAUCACCUUACUUUAGGUACUCCAGUCCAUAUUCAUCAAUAACGCCCAUUUUUGAUAUUAUAAAACCAAAACUAACGUAAUCACAACGGCCAAUUAAAAAGGAAAAAAAUUAACACAGUUGUGAUUACGGGCAGAAAACGGCUUAGUUUCUGGUUCAUGGAAGAUCAUAGUAAUUCUACUUUGGUUUCUCUUUGUUUAGCGCAAAGUUCCCAGAAGUGGCAAAACAGCUCACGAUUACUGUUCACAUUAAAAGAUCAGCAGCAUUUCAGGCGAGAAUGUCGGCACAAGACAAGCUUGACAAACCCCAUAAGCUUCUUGAUCGUACUGGUAAGUUACACCAAGUUAAAGUUCUGUUCAGAUUGAAACACAUAAUAAACCUGGUAAUAUCACCUGAGGACGCUAACAGUCUGAGUUGAGUUUGUCAAGAGAGCUAGACAGCAUGGAAUUGCGAAGUUUAAGUGUAAUUAACGUCUAUGUUAACGGUGGCAACUUUAGUUCGUUCAUAAUACAUCGGUAGAAUAUUAUACAGCGCUUUUGACUCAGAGUCAUGAAACCCAAAACCAAAGUAAUCACCGUGGCCAACAACAUUUAAAUUACACAAGGAGCCAAUCAGACUCGAUCUGUAGCGCGGGAAAACGCAGGUGACCAGUUAACGAUCAGACUUUCGCCUGAUUGGACGAGAGAAUAGAGCAGGUUUCCUGAACCACUCAGAGGGCAAACAAAACUUUGACAUUUCCGCAUUAUUUUCCAAACUCAGUUCAAAAGUAUAACUAUAGUUAAUUUGUUCACAGGAACACUAGUGACAAAAGAUGCUUUGCCGACUCUGUUAAAAUUACAAAAAGAACAACAGAUGGACACUUUCCGCCCUUCUGCCAAGCUUCCACCCUGUAAAGUCCAAAACACAGAAGAGUUCAGGGACUCCUCUGGAGAUGACCAUAGUCAGUCGAGAGCUGAUCAAAUUGCUCCAAGACUGAAGAGAAAGGCUUUCUCAUAUGCUGGGCUGCCUGUGCUAGCCCAACAACGGUUUGCAGCAAGGAUUAAAAAACAUUCUGCUCAGCGUAUAACCGUUUCUAAAACUGUUGACGAGGAACAGCAUGCUCCGAAAUGA